AUGGUUGUGGUUCCCGCUCUGGGCGCUGCUGCUGUCUCUGUGGGCGGUCUACUCUUCAAGGCAAGUGCCGCCUCCAAGGCAGCCGCCACAGCCGGAGUGGCCGCUGUUGGAGCCUCGAAACUGGGACUUGCCAUUGCCGGGGCAAUUAAACUGGCCACAACGGUGGUGGGUGUCGGCAAAUUGACCAUCCUGCCCUUUCUGAUCGCUGCCAUUGCCUAUUACAACUAUGAUCUAUUUGAUCCCGAGAAUCGUCCAUUUAAUGUUAAGCAAGUGGACUUGGCCUAUGAUUUCAUUAUCAUUGGUGGCGGCUCUGCUGGAACAGUGCUGGCCUCUCGUCUAUCGGAAAUACCACACUGGAAAAUCCUUCUCCUCGAGGCUGGUGGUCAUGAAACUGAAAUAUCAGAUGUCCCAUUGCUCUCAUUAUAUUUGCAUAAAAGCAAAAUGGAUUGGAAAUAUCGCACUCAACCUCAACCAACUGCCUGUCAGGCAAUGAAGGAUAAACGUUGCUGUUGGACGCGCGGCAAAGUCCUUGGAGGAAGUUCUGUAUUGAACACAAUGCUGUAUAUACGAGGCAAUCGACGUGAUUUCGAUCAAUGGGCCGAAUUCGGUAAUCCUGGUUGGUCCUACGAGGAAAUAUUACCAUAUUUCCGUAAAUCAGAGGAUCAGCGUAAUCCCUAUUUAGCACGGAAUAAACGCUAUCACGGCACAGGAGGUCUAUGGACUGUGCAGGAUUCACCUUACAAUACACCAAUUGGUCCAGCCUUUCUGCAAGCCGGCGAGGAGAUGGGCUACGAUAUUGUCGAUGUCAAUGGGGAACAGCAGACGGGCUUUGGCUUCUACCAGUUCAAUAUGCGACGCGGUUCCCGCAGCUCAACAGCCAAAUCGUUUCUGCGUCCAGCGAGACUACGUUCGAAUCUUCAUGUGGCACUUUUCUCACAUGUAACAAAGGUGCUAACAGAUCCGCAUACAAAACGGGCAACAGGUGUGCAAUUCAUACGCGAUGGACGACUACAGAAUGUAUAUGCCACACGAGAGGUCAUACUGGCGGCUGGAGCCAUUGGUUCACCACAUUUGAUGAUGCUCUCUGGUAUUGGGCAUGGCGAGGAGCUGCAACGUGUGGGUAUUCCAUUGGUGCAACAUCUGCCUGGAGUGGGUCAGAAUCUACAGGAUCAUAUAGCAGUGGGUGGGAUUGCCUUCCUAAUCGACUAUCCCAUCUCCAUAGUGAUGAAGCGUAUGGUGAAUGUGAACACUGCUCUGCGUUAUGCCAUAACCGAGGAUGGGCCACUGACAUCGAGCAUUGGCCUGGAGGCAGUUGCAUUUAUCAAUACGAAAUAUGCCAAUGCCAGUGAUGACUGGCCCGACAUGAAUUUCAUGAUGACCUCCGCCUCUGUGAUGUCCGAUGGCGGAUCACAGGUGAAGACGGCGCAUGGCCUCACCGAUGAAUUCUAUCAAGAAGUGUUCGGGGAGGUAAAUAAUCGAGAUGUAUUCGGCGUCUUUCCCAUGAUGCUUAGACCCAAGUCGCGUGGCUACAUCAAAUUGGCCUCGAAGAAUCCUCUGCGUUAUCCAUUGCUGUAUCACAAUUAUCUAACCCAUCCGGACGAUGUCAAUGUAUUGCGUGAAGGCGUUAAAGCAGCCAUUGCCGUUGGCGAGACACAGGCAAUGAAGCGAUUUGGCGCACGUUUCUGGAGUAAGCCUUUACCCAACUGCAAACAUCUCACACUAUUCACGGAUGAUUAUUGGAAUUGCUUUAUACGGCAAUAUACAAUGACCAUUUACCAUAUGAGUGGUACGGCCAAAAUGGGACCACCCAGUGAUCCCUGGGCAGUUGUCGAUCCCCAGCUGAGAGUGUAUGGUGUGCCAGGAUUGCGGGUAAUCGAUGCCAGCAUUAUGCCAGCGAUUACAAAUGGCAAUAUACAUGCUCCCGUCGUGAUGAUUGGCGAAAAGGGUGCCGAUCUCAUCAAGCAAUUGUGGCUAACACCCAGCACAGGACCCCCAUCGAGCCCACCAGUCCAGGCAACCCAAUGGCGCUCCAAGAGAUCCCUAAAUGAUACUUGGACUAGCAUGGAGAAGAAAAAGGUACAUCAAUGGCCUUUGCCAAGCUCAUAG